CUUGUCACCCUCCCUCAACAGUAAAAAUUCUCUCUUUUGCUUUGUCUCCGAGACUGCCUCAGUUCCUCUCUCUCUCUCUCUGGGCGGUGGCUUUUGGAGCUCCCUGCAUAAGCAAAUUGCCAUGCUACCGUGCUCCGCAGACCACCGAGGCUUAUGCAGGGCCUCAUCAGCUGGUUACCUCUCUCUGUUACUCUUCUCAGUCUUCGUCACCAUUUCCGCUGCUUGCUCCAAUGGCGCUUGCCAGGUUCUAGAAGCUUGUGCAGCAGCCACAGACUGUGGGCCAGGUCUUUACUGUGGCAACUGCCCUGCUUCGGGCAAGAAUCAACCCGUCUGUACCAGAGGCCAAGCAACCGCACCCACUUCAAUUAUUAAUGGGUUGCCUUUCAACAAGUACACAUGGUUGGUGACUCAUAACUCUUUCAGCAUCGUUGAUGCACCGCCUUUGCCUGGUGUUCAAAGACUGACAUUUUUCAAUCAAGAAGACACUGUUACUAAUCAGUUAAGGAAUGGAGUGAGGGGACUGAUGUUGGAUGUGUACGAUUUCGAGAACGAUAUCUGGCUUUGCCAUUCUUUUCGGGGGCAAUGUUUCAACUUCACUGCAUUUCAACCUGCAAUUAACACUUUGACAGAAGUGGAAGCAUUUUUAAGUCAGAACCCAACAGAGAUUGUGACCAUUAUACUGGAGGACUAUGUGAAAGCUCCAAAAGGAUUAACAACAUUAUUUACUAAGGCUGGGUUAGACAAGUAUUGGUUUCCUGUAUCCAAAAUGCCGAGGAAGGGUGAAGAUUGGCCCGCUGUGACUGAGAUGGUGCAAGAGAACCACCGCCUUCUUGUUUUCACCUCUGAUGGUUCAAAGGAAGCACUAGAAGGAAUAGCUUAUCAAUGGAAGUAUAUGGUGGAAAACGAAUCUGGAGAUCCUGGGGUCAAACCAGGCUCAUGCCCAAAGAGAAAAGAAUCAAAGCCACUUAAUUCAAAAAGUGUGUCUCUUUUCUUCCAAAAUUAUUUCCCAACAUAUCCAGUUGAAGCUGAAGCUUGCAAAGAGCAUUCAACUUCACUUGAGGAGAUGGUUGGUACCUGUUACAAAGCAGCAGGGACGAUGCCAAAUUUUUUGGCAGUCAACUUUUACAUGAGGAGUGAUGGAGUAGGUGUGUUUGAUGCUGUUGAUAGAAUGAAUGGCCGGACACUUUGUGGGUGUAGUACUGUCAGUGCCUGCCAGGCUGGAGCACCUUUUGGAUCUUGCAAGAAUGUUUCUAUACCAACUAGAAGUCCAGUGACCAAUAAUGCAGGAAGCUUUACAGGCUCUGUUCAGUUUGCAAGUUCUGCGUCAACAGUCUAUUCUCCGAAUCGCUUGGUUGUCUUUAUGUUUUAUAUUCCAUUGAUGGCAUUUUGGUUGACUGCAACGUCUAAAUACUAAGAUAGUUCAUUAGUGAGUUACUUCUUGGGGUGCUUCUUUUAUGUCAUACUAAAAUUUAGAGUGAUAACAGUUACGAACUGCCUAGUUGAGUGGAAGGUCAAGUAGUGGUUCUGUGGUUGGUAGAGUAAUGACAUAUGGAUUGUAAAUGAAAAACUUUUCUGAUUCUAUUGGGACAAGAAUUAUGGAGUUGCAGAGGCAUCGGCAGUAGAUAGUGACCGUGAAGGACCACGAAUGUACCAGGAAUCAGUUCAGGUCUUUUGUUAGGGAAUGGCGUGUGCGUAGUAUGAAUAGGGGAUUGUACGGCCUAGCAUUUGUAGAAGUGCUCGUAUUCUCAAUACUAGGAUUUCCUAAUUGUUGUAUUUCUUUGGUUUGCUUUUCCCACUAUUAAUUAGGUACUGUUCUCUUUCAUUUCCUUUUCGAUUUCGAUGUCAAUAUCGUAAAAUGGAAGAGGUAUUUAGGUCUUUACUUCA